CGAACACGCCAAAAAGUGGGAACUUCCACUACUAAUUCUAGGAACUAUGAAAAGGUUCCUCUGGUGCGAAAGCUCCUUAAGGAGCCAUAGUGAAGGGCGGCGAUUAAAGUGACGUGGCGCUAAAGUAUGGGGAAGCGAUCUUUCACUUCAUUGCACAUAGAAAACAAAGGCAGACAGAUAGAAGCAGAUUAUGGCAGCAGUCAAAGCAUGCAAUAUCUUGAUCACCGGAGCCAACCGGGGCUUGGGCUUAGAAACUGUUAAGCAACUCUCUGAGGAUUCUUGUCCAAAACGUCACAUUUUUGCUACCUGCCGUGAUCCAGAUGGACCGAAGUCUGAGGCAUUGAGAGAACUGGUGAAAAAGCAUCCAAGUGUGAUCACUAUGAUACGUCUUGAUGCUGAUGAUCCAUGCAGUAUCAAGGAGUCUGCCAAGAAAGUGGGAUCUCUACUGGGAAACAGCGGUUUGAACCUGCUUGUGAAUAAUGCUGGAAUCGUGGCAAAGGGCACCAUUCAGACCAGCAGUGUUGAGGACAUGAAACAUACCUUCAGCACCAACGUGAUAGGACCCUUAUUAAUCAUUAAGGAGUUCCUACCGUAUCUACAAACGGCUGCCAAAGCCAGCGGGACACCAGGCAUGUCCUGUAAUAAAGCAGCUGUCAUCAACAUCUCCACUGUGGGGGGAUCCAUCAGCACAAUGCCUUCUUUAUACGACCAAUUCCCAGUGUUGCCAUAUUGCGUGAGCAAGGCAGGUUUUAACAUGCUGACUGUGUUAGCUGCUGAGGAGUUAAAGGCAGAUGAGAUCCUCUGCAUGGCCCUUCAUCCAGGAUGGGUGAAGACUGAACUGGGUGGAGAAAAAGCACCACUUGAACCAAAGGAAAGUGUGGAGGGGAUGCUGCGUGUCAUUGGCAGCCUUCCUGAGCAGCAGCACGGUGGAUUUAUGGACUACACUGGAAACACAAUUCCCUGGUGAACCAGAAGAACAAAAGCACUCCUAUACGAGAGGUCACAAAAGGGCCGAUCCAGGUCCAAACCGCCCUGUUUAGUCUAUUAAGCAUAAAAGGGCACACUUAAUCAUAAGCACUUAAGCCCACAAGUUUAUGACACACUUAAUAACUUUGUAUCAAAUAUAAUUUCAUACAAUAAAACAAUUAAU